GUUACAUUACAUCACACAUUACAAUCGUCUUUCUUCAAAACAAAACAUAACCGACAAUCCAUCCAUCCAUUUUUCUACUGCGACAUAGUCGACAAGUCUACUGGUCGACUAUGAAUACGCAAAUCACACACAUGUAAAUAUUGAAGAACGAGGACUCUUCAAGAUUGAGAUGUUUAAAAGAAGGAAUUAGGCUCUGACAGAAAACCGCCUAGCGUGUCAGUCUCAGACCGGAAGUGUGAUCAAGUAAAAAAAAAAAGGGAACAGGUAAACAGGUGUUCAUUGUUUGACGGUCGGUUGCCGCGCAGAGAUGGUUUGUGGAGGAUUCGUUUGCACCAAAAACUCCCUUUGCGCACUAAAUAUACUAUAUGUGCUUGUGAGCCUGCUGCUGGUGGGCGUGGCGGCAUGGGGAAAAUGGUUCGGCCUGGUCUCCAGCAUCCGCGUGGUGGCGGUAGUCAUUGGCGUGGGCAUCUUCUUGUUUCUGGUGGCCUUUGUAGGCCUGUGCGGCGCCCUGAGGCACCACCAGGUCCUCCUUUUCUUUUACGUGAUCAUCCUCUUCGUGGUGUUCGUGGUGCAGCUGUCGGUGUCCUGCGCCUGUCUGGCCCUCAAUAAAGACCAGCAGAAUCAUCUCCUGGAAGUUGGAUGGAACAAGUCGGAGUCCACACAGAGGGACGUGGAGAAGACCCUCAACUGCUGUGGAUUCUCCUACGUCAGCUACAACGCAUCCUGUGCUGCUAGCUGUUUUAACCACAUGCCACCAUUGUCUUGCAACACGUGUGCUGCCAUCAUUGAGACGUACGCAGGGGAGGUUCUGCGCUUCGUCGGGGGCAUCGGACUCUUCUUCAGUUUCACAGAGAUGCUUGGAGUUUGGCUGGCUCACAGAUACAGAAACAUUAAAGAUCCCCGAUCAAAUCCCGGAGCAUUUCUAUGAUUAUGGUAAUAAAGAACACUCGCACUGCU